UUUGCCUGAAAACCACUCUUCCAAAACCAUUCUCGAUCUCUCUCUCUCUCUCUCUCUCUCUCUCUCUCUAAGCACCCUUCUUCUUCCUGAUACGUUCAUCUCAAACCCCACAAAUAUAUAUAUAUAUAUAUCGUCAUCAUCAUCGACAGACACAGAGACAGUAGACGAUAUCUGUGUUAAAAAGAACCAUGAUCUCUCCAUUUCUUUGACUCUCUCUAUAGUCUAUGCUUCCACUGUUUGCUUCUGUUUCUACUUCAUCUCUCUCUCUCUCUCUAUAUAUAUAUGUAUAUGUAUAUAUCUCCCCCAUGUCUCUUUCUCUUUCUCUAAAUAGCCAGCAACUGUAAAAAACCAAUCUUUAUCUCUUUCUCUCUCCCUCUCUCCAUCAUUUUCUUCCUUUCUGGGCAGUACACAACUCGCUUUUCCACUCCCUUACAUAUUUCUUUCUCUUUCUAUCUAUAGCUUCUUUUUUUUUUUUUUUUAUACUCAGCUUUUUCUUCUUUCUUUAUUUGAUAGAAAUACUAUAAGAGAAUUUUUUAACAAACAUGGCGUUUCAUCAUAACCUUUCUCAAGACCUUCCUCUUCACCAUUUCUCUUCAGAGCAAACUCAACCACCUCGACAGCAAAAUAUGCCCGAAACUACCGCCGCACCAAAUUGGCUUAACAAUGCUCUCCUCCGUGCCCAACACCCACAACCACCACCGCACUCCCACUUCACUGGUGAUACUAAUUUUUUAAAUCUUCAUACCGCUUCUACCACCAACUCUGAUUCUACUGCUUCCCAGAAUCAUACUCAAUGGCUUUCUCGCUCCUCCUCCUUCCUCAACCGCAACCACAGCGAUGUUAUCGAUGAUGUCACCGUUGCAACCGCUGGCGACUCCAUCAUCGCGGGUACUAUUUCCCAUGAAUCAGCCGAUUUGAAAACUAACAUCAAUAACAACGGUGAGACCAUGAAUAAUAAGAGUGAAGGAGGGGUGUUUGAGAGUGGUGGAGGCGGCGGCGGAGGUGGGGACGGAGUGGUUAACUGGCAGAAUGCAAGAUACAAAGCGGAGAUACUGUCUCACCCGUUGUAUGAUCAAUUAUUGUCGGCACAUGUGGCGUGUUUGCGGAUCGCUACUCCGGUGGAUCAGUUGCCGAGAAUUGACGCUCAGCUCGCUCAGUCACAGCAUGUAGUGGCUAAAUACUCCGCCCUCGGCGGCGGGACUCAGGGCUUGGUCGUUGAUGAUAAAGAACUUGAUCAGUUCAUGACACAUUAUUUUCUGUUGCUUUGUUCCUUUAAAGAACAAUUACAACAACAUGUUCGAGUCCAUGCAAUGGAAGCAGUAAUGGCUUGCUGGGAGAUAGAGCAAUCCCUGCAAAGCUUAACAGGAGUUUCUCCAGGUGAAGGCACAGGUGCAACAAUGUCUGAUGAUGAUGAAGACCAAGUAGACAGUGAUGCCAAUUUGUUUGAUCCAAGUUUUGAUGGUUCAGACACCAUGGGAUUUGGUCCCCUUAUCCCAACUGAAAGUGAGAGGUCUUUAAUGGAAAGAGUGAGGCAUGAACUGAAGCAUGAAUUAAAGCAUGGUUACAAAGAGAAAAUUGCUGAUAUCAGAGAGGAAAUUUUGCGCAAGAGAAGAGCAGGAAAGCUACCUGGGGACACAACCUCUGUCUUGAAAGCUUGGUGGCAAUCACAUGCAAAGUGGCCAUAUCCAACUGAAGAAGAUAAGGCAAGACUGGUACAGGAAACAGGAUUGCAAUUAAAGCAGAUAAAUAAUUGGUUCAUCAACCAAAGGAAGAGGAACUGGCACAGUAACCCUUCAACUUCAACAGUCUUGAAAAGCAAACGCAAGAGGUCUUGAAAAGCUAGCUUUGUGAGUGAUUUUUUAAGAAGUCUAUAGUACCAACCUUAAUUUGAAAAGAAGUAAUGCAGGUGACAACAAUGGCAAUCGUUUCAUGUAAAUCCAAGAACCAAAUCCCUUCUGCUCAAUCAGCCCAUCUUUGUUCAUUGUUCUGCUGAAUUUUAACGUAUGAACCAUGCAAUCCACUGCUGGAGCUAAGGCUAACACAGAGACAGGAUGAUCGAGGAAGGCUCAAACACAUGCAGAUGGACGUGGCCAUGCAAAAAUAUUAUUAAGAUUUUUGGAAAAAUUUAAGAGAUAUAAUACUGAAAUGGAGUUAGAUAUAGCAUCAUGAGGAUCAUGAUGUUGCAGGGUUUUAAUGAUUUUUGUUUAUAUCUGUGAAUAAUUAAUAGAUGAGAAUAGAGAGAGGAACUAUGGAGUAGAAUCUUUGCAAUGCUUGUUUUCUUAUGUUCAUUAUAUGUAAGAUGAUAGCUCGCAGAAAUUAUACUAUAACAUCGUGAUUAUGUGUGUA